UGUCUACCAUCUUUGAAGGGAGCUUUGUUUGAAAUAGUAUGUAGACCUAAAUGUUUACAUGGCACUGAAAUUCAAGGUCACAGAUACAAAGACAGUUCUCCUACAAUUACUGAUAUGUUUGAUGACAUUCUAUGCUGUAUAUUAUAUUAUCGGCAGCAUAUUCUUUGGAGCUUUCAGGAGACAACAGGGGAAAAAGGUGUCUCAUACCUGAAAAUGGGUUCAGGGACUGCAAUGCUUGAAACAUAUGAUGUUCUGAUACCCUUCGACUUCAAAACUGAACCUUCAUGUCCAAGCUCAAAAUAUAUGGUCAACCUAGUCUCAAUGGAGACAACCUACUUUGUCUGUGGGUUGCUGUUUGCUGGAGUGGUUGAAGAAUGUGUAUGGGAUUAUGCUAUCACAAUCACUCUUAUUCACAUUGCAGUUACUUCAACAGAGUGCAGAGCUACUGAAGUAAAGCUGCCAGUAAUAACGAUUACAGUCCUAGUUCAACUCCUGUUGGAUAGUUCAACUAUUGCUGGUGAGUCUGGAGAACAUACUGCAAAGCAACAGUUUUCAUGGAGUUUCAACUUCACCAAAGAAUGUUUCCAUUGUGACAGUGCUUACAAUGCCAGACAGAAUGUCCUGCUGCUGGCAAACAAAUCACGGCCCAUGGAAAACUCCAACACCUUUCUCAUAGUUGUUGCUCAUCAGUGAAUUCAACUACAAAGACUAAUUUGGUGGGAAGGGUGCCACAUGUACAACAGAAACAAAAGUGUGGGAAUAAAGCUGGUCAAGGCAAAUGAGCAAAGCAACC